AUGGCUACUUUAUUCAAACGCCUGCCUGUCGCUCCUGAUCCUGCUCUCCAAGAGCCAGCAGGAGAGUCUGAGUUGGACAGCCUAUAUCACCGGCUUAGUCGUCCUGGCUUGGGCACUGACGGGACUAUGCCUUCUCGUGGUACACCGCCGGCUUGUGGCGAAAUACCGAAUGACGCUCAUUCUCCUGACACUCGCCAUCUGGGUAACUCUGCUAUUGGUGAUGCAGCAGCCACCGUUAAACGAAGCCGUUCUCCUUCUCCCUCUAGCGACGACAAUCACGACUAUGCUUUUGACGGUUUACACGGAACAAGAAAAUCGACAUCCCCUCCCACCCCCGAAUGCGAUGGUUCCCCAUCAACAAUAGGCAUCUUCGAGUUUGGAGGGAAUUACGAAAGAGCCCCGACAUUUAAUUCCACUUUGCCGGACCUGUGUUAUGGAAGGAAAUUUUAUGAACCACCGCCGGAUGAUAGACUCCCUCCUAAGCGUCGUCGACGAACAUCUCCCAGGCCUGCAAUGAUCGAGAAUAAAGACUGUGGGGAAAAUGCGCUUAUUAUUCCUCGAAACGAUGGCUACUUCCACUUCGCAUGCCCUUUUUAUAUCCCCAAUCCCGAGAAAUAUAAGUCUUGCCUUCUACGCGACGAUCUUCAGUCUAUUGACGAUCUUACCAAGCAUUUGGUUCAGAACCACAAAACAUCACCGUACUAUCCUAUAUGCAGACGAGAAUUUGAAAGCCCAGAGGCGCGUGAUCAGCAUGUACUCACGAGAAGCCGUACGGUCCAAAACUCUAUCGAUGCCAAUAAUAUAAACGAACGGCAACGGUUUUGGCUUCACAAGCGGGAUGCGGUACAGCUAGGCGAGCGAGGACGCUGGUCACGUAUCUUGAACACUAUCUUCCCUGAAACUCUGCCACUCAAGCCAUCCUAUCUCUAUGAGAUCAAAGAUAGGGCGAUGGCUAUGAUAACCGGCUAUUGGGAAAAUGCGGAUGUGAUCAUGUCUAACGAGCAACUAAACGAUCUUCCUCGCCUGUAUUCAUUUAUUUUGCAAAUACCAGGGGCUUUUUAUGGGUUGGUAUGGGGUGAUUUCUAUAAUGAACGAAAGAAGAUCAGGAUCCAGGAUAUCGUGUUGGGGGAAGACACCGUCAACCGGCAUUGUAAUUGCAAGCGGAAAAGCACUUAG